AAUCAACGUCUGUGACGACAAUAUGUAUGUGAAAAAAUCUUCUUGUUGAAAAUUCAAAAACUCAAUAAUAGCAUACAUUAAAAUUAUUUUAAAGGAUUCGCUUUGGUUGGUAUGCCGGCACGUGUCUGAUGUGCUUGCUACAUAUAAAACGAGCACCUAUCAUCUCUCUUUUUCUACUUCGUAUUCAACCCGAAAACAUGGAGGGUCUAAGGUCAAAAGGGUGCACCACCGCCGAAACAACCCAUACUCAUCCGUUGCGCUCGGUUCAGCUUCUCCCUAUCGUGCCCUUCAACCGCGUAUUUGCCUUAGUUUACUUGUGUGCCCUUCUAGCUUUGUUUUAUCAUCAUUUACAAAGACUCCUCAGCUCCAUAACACUGGUCUCUUUCUUCAUAAACCUCAUACUGUUUAUCUCCGAUCUUGUUCUUGCCUUCAUGUGGUCCACAGCUCAGGCUGCUCGUCUGUAUCCAAUCCAACGCGAAGAAUUCCCCGAAAACCUUGAUAAGGUUGUUAAAAGAAGUGAUUACCCAGCUGUAGAUGUGUUUAUAUGCACAGCGGAUCCCACCAAGGAACCACCCAUGAGCGUAGUGAACACGGCUUUAUCAGUUAUGGGUUACGAUUAUCUAACAGAGAAGCUUUCGGUGUAUGUAUCGGAUGAUGGAGGCUCUGCACUUACUCUUUUUGCUUUCAUGGAGGCGGCUAAGUUCGCCGAGCACUGGUUACCAUUUUGCAGAAGGAACAAUGUUAUGCGGAGGAGCCCUGAAUCCUAUUUUGAAUCAAAUUAUUCUUCUUCAUCUGAAACUGUGGAGAUUAAGAUGAUGUAUGAGAGCAUGAAAGCAAGGGUGGAGCAUGUCAUGGAGAAGGGAGCAAUUGAAGAUGAGUAUAUUACUAGUGAUGAAGAACACAAGAUUUUCAAUCAAUGGACUCAUAAAUUUACCAUUCAAAAUCAUCCUAAUGUUAUUCAGAUUUUAAUAGCAAAUAAUAAGAACAAGGAUGUUAGUGGGCAUUUUAUGCCUAAUUUAAUUUAUAUUUCUAGAGAGAAGAGCACUUCUGAACAUCAUCGUUUUAAAGCCGGUGCUUUAAAUGUUUUGCUACGAGUAUCUGCUGUCAUGACCAAUGCAUCCGUAAUCUUGACUCUAGACUGUGACAUGCAGUCUAAUGAUCCGCAUACUCUAAAAAGGGUUUUGUGUUACUAUUUGGAUCCUGAAAUUUAUGCUAAAUAUUCAUACAUUCAAUUUCCACAACAUUUUCAAGGGAUUAACAAAAAUGACAUAUAUGCUUGUCAAUUUAAACGUGCGUUUGAAAUUCAACCCAUGGGGUUCGAUGGGCUAGGGGGUGUCGAUUAUUUUGGGACCAACUGCUUCUUCUCCAGGAGAGCAUUCUUUGGUGGUCCAUCCAACUUUGUUUGCCCAGAAAUCCCUGGAUUGAGUCCAAGUCAUGAGGUAGACAAGCCCAUACAGUCCUCAGAAGUCUUGGCAUUGGCUCAUCAUGUGGCCGAUUGCAAUUAUGAGAAACAAACCACCUGGGGCUUCAAGAUGGGCUUUCGAUAUGGGUCGUUAGUUGAGGACCUCUUUACAGGUUAUCAAAUGCAUUGUGAGGGUUGGAGGUCCAUAUUUUGCAAUCCAAAUAGACCAUCGUUUCUGGGGCAUGCCCCCAUCAGCUUGGUAGAUUUGUUGAACCAACAGAAGCGGUGGGUUAUUGGCGUCUUUGAGGUGGGGUUCUCAAAAUAUAGCCCAUUGAUAUAUGGCAUCAAACAUAUGGGUCUUCUUAUGUCCCUACUUUACUCACAGUAUGUAUUCUGGCCUAUUUGGUCAAUUCCGAUAAGCACAUAUGCUUUUCUCCCCCAGCUAGCUCUCAUCAAUCAAGUUCGCAUCUUCCCAAAGGUCUCAGAACCAUGGUUUCUCCUGUAUCCAUUUCUUUUCCUGGGGGCAUAUGGGCAGGAUUAUUUCGACUUCGUCUCUGCUAAGGGGACAUUCCAAAUGUGGUGGAAUGAUCAAAGGAUUUGGACCAUAAGAGGACUCACAUGUUUUUUGUUUGGAUCAUUUGAAUUCUUGCUCAAGUCCUUUGGCAUUUCGACUCUUGGCUUCAGUUUGACCAGCAAAGUAGUUGAUGACGAGCAAAGUAAGAGAUACGAACAAGGAAUCUUUGAUUUUGGAGUGUCGUCGCCCAUGUUUGUUACGCUAACAAUGGCAGCAAUGAUCAACUUAGUGGCACUUAUUCUGGGUCUAGGACAAUUUCUCAAGGGCAGCGAUUCUUUGGAGGGACUCGUGAUCCAAAUGUUCAUAGCAGGAUUUGGGGUUGUGAAUUGUUGGCCAAUCUAUGGAGCAAUGGUCUUCAGAAUUGAUAAAGGAAAAUUGCCUGUCAAGAUUACUCUCACUGCAGCAUUUCUGACAUGGGCUCUUUACAUAGUAGCUUCUUUCAUUUUUAGUAACUAGGAUGUCUUAUGCUUUACAUUGCACUAUAAAGACAAAUAAGAUUGUUAAGGGAUCCUAUCACUUGUAUAUUUUUACGAUCAAACUGCUUCUUAAUUAUUUAUAUUUGUAAAA